GUCCCCGCCCCCCGAGUGCCGAGGUUCCCCCUGAGAAAUGGGUUCCGGCUCGUGCCGUGGUGGGGGUCAGGCGUGGGCUCUCCCCGAGGGACCAGGUUCAGGCCGGGUUCCCGCGACGGACUGAGCACCCUACGCGCCUGAGUGGGACUGGGGGCACUGGCUUUGGCGUGGAGACAGCAGGCGUGCUCUGAGCGGAGCCGGUGAGGGGGACGUUCCGAUGACAGAUGACCACUGAUUGCACCGAGCGCUCCCUGUGUGUCAGACACUGCACGGUGCUAGGCGCUUUGUAUGUCUUUUCCAGCCCUCCCAGAACCCGAGGAGGAUGUGGAGUUGAUGCUGAGCGCAACAGUUACCGCCGCACACCCAUGUGGCGAUCGUAAAGAAAUCAGAGUAUGUCCUCCAAGGAACACUGUUAACCUGGAAUUGACCUGUCAAGGUUUUAAAGGAAUAAUUUAAGGCCAGUACAUGAUUUGGGAGUUACGCUUUGUGACAUGGACGAAUCUGCACUGACCCUUGGCACGAUAGAUGUUUCUUAUCUGCCAAAUUCAUCAGAAUACAGUGUUGGCCAAUGUAAGCAUGCGAACGAGGAAUGGGGUGAGUGUGGUUUUAGACCUACUGUCUUCAGAUCUGCCACCUUAAAAUGGAAGGAAAGCCUAAUGAGCCGAAAAAGGCCGUUUGUCGGAAGAUGUUGUUAUGCCUGUACUCCCCAGAGCUGGGAUAAAUUUUUCAACCCCAGUAUCCCGUCUUUGGGUUUGCGGAAUGUUAUUUAUAUCAAUGAAACUCACACAAGGCACCGAGGAUGGCUUGCCCGCCGUCUUUCUUACGUGCUUUUUAUUCAAGAGCGAGAUGUCCAUAAAGGCAUGUUUGCCACCCACGUGACUGAAAAUGUACUGAACAGCAGUAGAGUGCAAGAGGCAAUUGCAGAAGUGGCCGCUGAAUUGAACCCUGAUGGUUCUGCUCAGCAGCAAUCGAAAGCCAUCAGUAAAGUGAGAAAAAAAGCCAAAAGGAUCCUUCAAGAAAUGGUUGCCACCGUCUCACCAGCAAUGAUCAGACUGACCGGGUGGGUGCUCUUAAAACUGUUCAACAGCUUCUUUUGGAACAUUCAGAUCCACAAGGGUCAACUUGAGAUGGUCAAAGCUGCAACUGAGACGAACGUGCCGCUUUUAUUUCUGCCGGUUCAUAGAUCACACAUUGACUAUCUGCUGCUCACUUUCAUUCUCUUCUGCCAUAACAUCAAAGCACCAUACAUCGCGUCAGGCAAUAAUCUCAACAUCCCCAUCUUCAGUACCCUGAUCCAUAAGCUCGGAGGCUUUUUCAUACGACGGAGGCUGGACGAAACGCCAGACGGACGGAAGGACAUCCUCUACCGAGCUCUGCUCCAUGGGCAUAUAGUUGAACUACUUCGACAGCAGCAGUUCUUGGAGAUUUUUCUGGAGGGCACACGCUCCAGGAGUGGGAAAACCUCCUGCGCUCGGGCGGGACUUCUGUCGGUUGUGGUCGAUACUCUGUCUACCAACACCAUCCCAGACAUCUUGAUCAUACCUGUGGGAAUCUCCUAUGACCGUAUCAUCGAAGGUCACUACAAUGGCGAACAGCUGGGAAAACCUAAGAAGAAUGAGAGUCUUUGGAGCGUAGCUAGAGGCGUUAUCAGGAUGUUACGAAAAAACUAUGGGUGUGUCAGAGUGGACUUUGCACAACCAUUUUCCUUAAAGGAAUAUUUAGAAAGUCAAAGUCAGAAGCCUGUGUCUGCUCCCCUUUCUUUGGAGCAAGCACUGUUACCAGCUAUACUUCCUUCACGACCCAAUGAUGCUGCUGAUGGAGGUACAGACACGUCCGCUAAUGAGUCCACAAAUGUAACAGAUGAGUCCUUCCGAAGAAGACUGAUUGCAAAUCUGGCUGAGCACAUUCUCUUCACUGCUAGUAAAUCCUGUGCCAUUAUGUCAACACACAUCGUGGCCUGCCUGCUUCUCUACAGACACAGGCAGGGAAUUGAUCUCUCCACAUUGGUGGAGGACUUCUUUGUGAUGAAGGAGGAAGUCCUGGCUCGCGAUUUUGACCUGGGUUUCUCUGGAAAUUCAGAAGAUGUAGUCAUGCAUGCCAUACAGCUGCUGGGAAAUUGCGUCACAAUCACCCACACCAGCAGGAAUGACGAGUUUUUUAUUACUCCCAGCACAACUGUCCCAUCAGUCUUUGAACUUAACUUUUACAGCAACGGGGUGCUCCAUGUUUUUAUCAUGGAGGCCAUCAUAGCCUGCAGCCUUUAUGCAGUUCUGAACAAGAGGGGUGCUGGGGGGCCUGCCGGCGUGUCCCCCAGCUUGAUCAGCCAGGAGCAGCUGGUGCGAAAGGCUGCUAGCCUGUGCUAUCUACUCUCCAACGAAGGUACCAUCUCUCUCCCCUGCCAGACAUUUUACCAAAUUUGCCACGAAACUGUAGGAAGGUUUAUCCAGUAUGGCAUUCUCAUAGUGGCAGAGCAAGAUGAUCAGGAAGAUGUUAGUCCUGGUCUUGCUGAGCAGCAGUGGGACAAGAAGCUUCCUGAACCUUUGUCUUGGAGAAGUGAUGAAGAAGAUGAAGACAGUGAUUUUGGUGAGGAGCAGCGAGAUUGCUACCUGAAGGUGAGCCAAUCCAAGGAGCACCAGCAGUUCAUCACCUUCUUGCAGAGGCUCCUGGGCCCUUUGCUGGAGGCCUAUAGCUCUGCUGCUGUCUUCAUUCACAACUUCAGUGGCCCUGUUCCGGAGCCGGAAUACCUGCAGAAGCUGCACAAAUACCUGCUAAGCAGGACAGAAAGAAGUGUUGCAGUGUAUGCUGAGAGUGCCACAUACUGUCUUGUGAAGAAUGCUGUGAAAGUGUUUAAGGAUAUUGGGGUUUUCAAAGAGACCAAACAAAAGCGAGUGUCUGUUUUAGAGCUCAGCAGCACUUUCCUACCUCAGUGCAACCGGCAAAAACUCCUAGAAUAUAUUCUGAGUUUUGUGGUGCUGUAGGUGAUGUGUGGCACCUCUGGCAAGUGAAGGGCACGGGACGGGUCCCUCGGGGGCCAUCCUCGGGCUCGAGAGUUGAAGGUGCCAUUGUGUGGUCAGGCCAGACCUGUCCUGAUGUGACCUCCUGGAAGACAAGUGCCUUCUCCCCUCCAUGGAUCUGUGAUCAUCCCAACUCUGAGAUGACACAGCAGCCUACAGAGAACCCUGUGGGGGGACCUCAGCCUCCGUUUGCAAUGCCUAAUCAAUAGAUUACAAAAUGAAAUCUCAAAAAAUUAUUUUCGAGUUUAUUAAAAAUUUACCUUUUAAGUAUAACUGUUAAGGACUAAUUACUGUGAAGGACACAGAAAUGUCAUUAGUUGUAUUCCAGAACUGAAUCUUGUAUAGUGUACUUAGUGCAGUCGGGGAAUUCAUUGGUAUGUUUUCUGAUUAACAGUUAAUGCUUCCUUUAAAAAUAAUUGAGUCAUCCAUUUGCUGUGUUUUUUAUUUUUUAUUUUUUUUCCAGUUUUAUCUUUGUCAAUAGUAGCUAACUUUUAAAUGGGAACACCUUUCAUCCCAAAGUGCUUUACAAAAGAAUGGGCUGGUGCAUCACAGCCAGGUAUCACUGUGCUGUCCUUUCAAGUCAGACUUAGAAAGCGUGUUAAGCGCUACAUGAAAACACAACAUUAGUUUAGGUCAGGAAUAGAGAUAAUGGGAUCAAACAGCUAACACCAGGAAUUAAAUUUGGCUGGCAGAACUCAAGCUAAACUUGGCCAGAAAACCGACUUUGAAACAGUUUGCUCAUACAAAAAAGUGCCAUUGAGUUUUAAAUGACCAGCAAGUACUUAAAAACAACUUCUGUUUUAUGUCUGUACCUCUCCCCCCCCCCUUGUAUGGUACCUGCCUCUCACAGGUACAGCCGUUUCUUGGAGAUUCUCCAACCAAAUAGCCACUGUCCUAGCUUGGUUCGCUUGGCCUUAGACUGUUAGCAGAAAGUGCUCUGGCUGCAGGCUUCUGACCCCAGGAUGUCAUGUACUGCGUCCAGGUUGUGCACUGCACCUAGUCCAGGUGACUGGUACCCACUUGAGUUGUGCAGUGUACAACCUGUGCAAUGCCUGGGGUGGCCCUACUGACUGGUAAAUGGUCGGAGGCGUGGAUAUUUAGCUUUGAGGGAAAAACAUGGUUCUUUACAAAUUUCAUGGGUAUUAUGCCUAAACCCUGAUGCUAUGUAGCAGCAGAUAAUUAUGAAAACUUGUCUGUCCAUAAGGGUAGGUGCCUUUCUGUGAGCAGGGAGCAUACGUGUUAGUCAAUUGUGAUCAUUGUGAUUUCUUACAGAUCAUGCAAUAGUAAAACAUUUUUCUAACAGCUCAUUGUUCCUUCUCUCCAUGAUCUUAUGGAAUGAGGGAUUUUUCCUGAUGAAUAUUGCAAUAGUCCUUGAAUUUAAUAUAAAAGUACUGAGAAUUAAGUAUGUACUUUCAUAAGCUUGGAUUUCAAACACUAGUAGUAUCUCAUGAAUACCGUGUGUGUUCGGAGAGGGAAGGCUGCUGAUUGAUGUUUCACGUUGGAUGAAACGUCUCGUUGGAAACUCAGAGCAGUGAUGCCGUGCGGUCGUGAUGUCCCACUCCUCCUGUUCCCCAUUGAAAAUACGUUCUUUCUUCCUAGGAACUCGCACCAUUAAGCCGUUGUCUGUGUUGGAGUGGCUCUGAGGUUGAGUGGGACCCUCACCUUGGAGCGGUCCUUUUUACUAACUCGGGUGGAAGAACUUUGCUUCUUCUGGCUGCAGCUCUGUGUUUGGGAGGCUCAUUUUUCCCCUUGUUGUUCCUUAUCUAGGCCAGCAAGCAUUUCACUAGUCUCUUUUGUGCAUCCUCUAAAUGAAAGAUCAAGGAUUACUCCAGCUCUGUGUAAUGAUCUGGAACGUCAAGGUCGAGCUGACGUCCUAGUGGGUACUGCCGCCUGGCUCACAACUUCUGCUUUGCCAGCCUGAGCAGGGAGCAGUGGCUGCGCUGGCUUUAUUUUCCUUUCCGUUGGUUUGUUUUCUAGAAAUCUAAUCAGAUGCUUUGAGGAAUGCAAUGUAUGGUUCACGAGCUCUCUCGCCACGUAACUCACUGUGAGAAUAAAUAUGCAUGCUUUUUGUAAUUAACUGGUGCUUUGAAAACCUUUUCUAAGGAAGAAAAAUCUGAACCAAAGUUAUGCUCAUCCAGACAAGCUGACUCUUGAGUUCAUUCUAACACAACUCUUUCUUUAGUGCCUCGUUGCUGAAAACAACAUUCGUCAUCACAAUAAAGCUUCCAGAUAGCACUGUUUUGCUUAAAGAUUUGUUCUCAUUGUUUUCCAAAAGCGAAUGGCUUCCAUGUAAGAUUAAACAACCUAGGUGCUUGUAAAUAAUUUAUUACAGUUUACUCUAUUGCAUUUCUCUAAAACUGAGGUGCAUGCCCUCCAGGGAAAGACUGUGAGUCAAGUUAAAAAAACAAACAAAAAACCCAAUAAUAAGCAAUAUGAAACUGCACUCUUUCCAAAUGAGAAUCUCUGAAGUAAUUCAGAAGAGGGAAAGGGAUUUUUGCUCUUUUAAAUUUUAAGAAAAAGGGAAAAAAGACCUAGUGUGAAAUGUGUAGAACUAGUAAUGGAGAAAGUACUAUGAGUUUUCCUUCUCAGCUCUAUGAAGUCUCUUGAAGUCAUGGGCGUGAGUGGAGAAAAUACUUGGGGGAUUGCAAUGAAUGUAAGCUCAGAGGCAGGAUUUCCAGUCACUCGAAGGGGAAACGCAUUUCCCAGAGUUCUCCAUGUAAUCGGAGUGCUCUGUGAGAUGUUCAUAGUUGUUUUGUAGGAAAAGUGUUGCUGGCGAAGUAAAUUUGGAUGUGGAUCCUCUUUCCUAGAAACUCACAGUGCACUUUAGGUCAAUAAGGAUUCAGUACUAAGGCCGUUUAACCCAGCAUUUCCAAACAUGCGACCUGGGGACCUUUUCCCCUUUGGGACAUCUAUGAACCUUUCAUAGUAGUAUCCCAUAAAGUACAUUUUGGGAAACACUAGGUAGUUCUUUAAGGGGACAAAACAAUAACAGAUGGCACUGAGGCAGAAUUUGUAUGCAUUUUGUACAAUCAUGUUAUAUUCAAUGGAUGUAUAUUUUCUCCCCAGGAGACAUUAAGCACAGAAAACUGUAAUAUAGGUGGUCAGAGCUCUUUCCAUUGAUGGAAAGAUCAGCUGUCGACGAUCCUGGGUUUUUCACUGAAAGUAGCAAAAUUAACACAAAGAUUAACUGGGGUAAAUAAUUAAGAUUUUUAAUUCCAAUCGAGAAGAAAAAGUUUGCACAGUUGAAUGUAGAUUUUUAUCCACAGAUAGUUCUAGUGUUUAGAAAUGACAGGACUGAUCAUUGAAGAUUGUAAGACUUAAUUGGGAUGUAAGUCUGUUUUUUAAAACACUUUUUUUUGGAAACUUGAGACUUGGCAUUUGGCAUUUUAGUUUAAUACAAACUAAUGAUUGCAUUUGAAAGAGACUUGUGAUUUGAUUUCUAAACACCUAAAGCUCUGAAAUGUCUUGAUGGAAGGUGUUAAACUAUUUGCCCGUUGUACAAAGAAACAUUAAAUUGUUGUAAGAAGAAUUAGUAUAAAGUACUGUGAAAUAACAGUGUGUGAUUUUGUGAGUGACACUUAUUUGGAAACAUUGAUUGAUUUUCAUGCCUGUUAAUGUAUUGUAAGAAGCACAGAAAUGUAGUUUUGUUUUAAUAAACCAAAAAAUGAA